AUGCCUGAAUACGAAUUGAUUUACUUUCCAGCUACUGGUAGGGCUGAGGUAAUCAGAUGGUGCUUUCAUUAUGGUGGAAUUCCAUUCAAGGACACUAGAGUCCCUAGAGAUCAGUGGCCUAGCUUCAAGAGUAAUACUAAAGGUACGGUGGUUAAAUUUUUUUAUUACUAACGUGACUUUAUAAAGCCAGCCCAGAGCCCCAUCCCAGAGCCCUAACCCAGAGCCCUAGCUCAAAGCCCUAGCCCUAGCCCAGGGCCCUAGCUCAAAGCCCUAGCCCAGAGCCCUAGCUCAAAGCCCUAGCCCAGAGCCCUAGCCCAGAGCCCUAGCCCAGAGCCCUAGCCCAGAGCCCUAGCCUAGAGCCCUAGCCCAGCAGAGUUUUAGCCUAGAGGAGACCUAACCCAUAGAAAUUUUAACCCAGGGUAGUCUUACAAUUGUUAGCCUAAAAGAGUCCUAGCUCAGACGUUUUAGACUGACAAAGCUCUAGCCCAGAGAAGCCCUCGCUUAUAAGGGUCUUACCCCAGAGGAGGUUUAGCUUAGAGAAGUCUUAGCCCAGAACAACCCUAGCCCAUAUUUCUAGCCGCAGCUUAAACAUUAGCUUUACUUUUUCAUUAUCAGCUUCCUGCUCAAGCAAGCAAUAUCCAACGUAUAAAUAAGCUCAUAGCCGUAUCCCUACCCCUGUGUUUGACCUUUUUUAGUACUUCCCUAGCCGAGCAGUUUUCUUGCUUUACCAUAGCUUAUAGUAUUCAUCCUUUAAUUAUGCAACCAAACAUUCAAAACUUUGCCAAAACUUUUCAAUUUUAGUAAUUCCCUUUGGCCAAGUCCCAAUUCUCCUCAUUGAUGGCAAACCCUUGGGCGAAUCCCACACAAUAACCAGAUAUGUAGCCAAGCUUGCCAGCCUAGACGGUGGUCCAGACCCAGUAAAAAUUGCUCAUAUUGAUCAAGCCUACGAGAUGUGUCGCAACUUCUUCGACGAUACUUUCGAGUACUAUUUGGUACAAAAUGGAGUACUACAAGGAGAUGUGCAAAAGUUGAAAAGAGAAAAGUUUGAGCCAAAUGUUGAAAAACAUUUUGGCAAGAUUAAAGGUCUUCAGAAGUCAUCUGGCUUCUUUGGAGAUACUGUAACUUAUGCCGAUUUGUUUUGGGGCAGAGUUAUGGAGUUUUAUCAUGAAAAGAAUCCGGAGAUCAUUCAAAAAUACCCGGAAUUUGUUGAGUUGAUUAAGAAAGUGAAGGGAUUGUCUCAAUUGCAAAAUUAUUUUAAUAGUCAGAAGUGA